CUUCCCCCGCCUUUGUCGCCGAACUAUAAGAGCUGAGCUUCGAUCGCACAUGUUUACUUUUGCUUGACGCGCCUCAUUGCACAAACGAGCUCAAAGCCCUCGAGGAGCUGAUGAGCGCUGGUUUAUUGGCGAGGACAGGAAAACCACGCUGUCUCGUCGGGUUUGUUCCAGGCCACUGACCCAAUAAGACGCCUUCGUCUCCCGCGGUCCGGACUGCCUGACUGAUCAAACCUCCCCGCGCUGCAGUCCAUUCAUCCCCCCAGAGUCAAGGACAUAAUGUGACACGUCUCAGCCCUUGACUGACUUGAGUGACUUACACCGAGGCCACCAUGCAGGAGUGCCACACCGCGCUGUGUCUCUCUGUCUACAUCAUUACCUUUGUGCUGGGCUUCCCGGCCAAUGUCCUGGCCUUCUACACUUUCUGCAAGAAAGUGAGACAGAAAGCCACACCGAUUGACAUCCUGCUCCUCAACCUGACCAUCUCCGACCUCCUCUUUCUCCUGUUCCUGCCCUUCAGGAUGCAGGAGGUGAUGAACGACAUGAUCUGGGAUUUGCCCGGCCCCCUCUGUCCGCUGACCGGCUUCAUCUUUUACAUGACUAUCUACAACAGCACCUUCUGCCUCACCGCCAUCAGUGUGGAGCGCUACUUGGGUGUGGCUUACCCCAUUCAGCACUCACUGAAGCGGCGACCUGUGUACGCUGUUGCUGCCAGCAUCUUCUUCUGGAUUUUCACCUUCCUCCACCUCAGCAUUGUGUUCAUCAUACCCCUAAUUGGCUCAGAAAACCCCCCCUCAGUUCACAACGUGUCAGAUGCCGCCGUCAUCGAAAGCAACGAGAUGGUUGUGUGCUACGAGAAUUUCUCCGCUGCUCAACUGCAGGUCCUCCUGCCUGUACGUCUGGAGCUCUGUGUGGUGCUUUUCUGCAUCCCUUUAAUCAUUUGCAGUUUCUGCUACAUCAACUUUAUCAGGAUUCUGUCCAAGCUGCAACACAUCGACCGACGCCGGCGCCUCCGGGCCAUUGGCAUGGCUUUAGGAACACUGCUGGUGUUCGCUUUAUGCUUCGGCCCUUACAAUGUCUCCCACAUUGUGGGUUUUGUUACAUGGAGAAGUCCUGACUGGAGAGACCAGGCCCUGCUGUGCAGCACCUUUAACGCUUGUCUAGACCCUCUUAUUUUCUACUUCUCGUCCUCUGCCAUGAGAGGGAACGUAGGCAGUGUGAUGGAAGGGGUUAAAAGGCGUCUCAACAGGUGCAUGCCCUGUCACAUGCCCCAGGCCUUGAGGGGGGGAAUUAACAAGACUGGAAAAGAUAAGGAACACAAACAAGAGGAGAUCAAUACUAUCAGUGCUGACAGAAAAGGAGCUGCGAGCAGCUCCCUCUCCUAAUUUGUUAUUUCUUCAUCCCUACAAGCAGGAAAUUAAUGCCAUGUUUGUGUUUUUACACGUGAGGAGAUGACUCGGCUGUAUACAGCGCAGCCAGACUUUGUUUGCGUGUCUGAUGAACCUCCUGUUUGGGAACGAGACAAGACGGGUAACCUUCUGUCAGCCUGAGCUCAUUGUUUUUAUGUAGUAUAAUGUGUAAAGCCACAGAGGCAGCCUAAUUCUAGCUGUCAGAUAAAAAAAGAAGGGAAAAAAAAAAAAAAAGAAGAAAGUCUUACAUAAAGUAAGAGGGUUUCAUAAGCACUCCAGUAGUGAAAUCAGGUGUUGCGGAGUAAACAAAAUGAAUAUCUAAGCAACAGCUUCGGACGUCAUCUCUGCACAAUGAUCGGCUGGUCGGCUUUAAUUCAAGGACAGGUUACGUUGUCUGUUUGCAACAACAUCUUAAUUAUAUAUCAAGUGUUGGUGGUCUGACAGCAGAUUCAUGAAUGUAGAAAAUAACAGGGCUUUGUACAAAGAACCUCCAACAUGCACUUUUUUUUUGUCAGAGCAUACGUCUGUAUAUUUUGCCAUUUUCAUGCAGCGUGCGAAUGUAUGAGUUUAUAUAAUGUGUAUGUGUGACGUCUGUAUUAGAAGGGUUGUAAUUUUGUAAUAAAAAAUAAACAUUAUUUUCAUACACAAAUCAUAGUGUGAAUGCGAGUGUAUGUAAUGGAAGAGAAAGAGGGCGACAGACACGGCUAAUAUUUUCAUAAGCAAAUCAUAUAAUAAUUGUUAACUGUGAUACGGCCAGCUGUCAUGUAAAACGUGUCUUUGUUUAUGUGUGUUUGUACAAGAAAGAGGUUAGAUAGAUAGGGGGAGUAAUUUAAGACAAUGACUGAUGUAAAGUUUGCAUGUAAAUUUGCACAGCAUCACAUGAACUGAGUCAUGUUUUAUGAAAUGUGUUCAUUUUAUAUUUCUUAUGACAUAGAAUUAAAAAA